AUGGUCGGCCGUCUGGAAGGCAAGAACGCCAUCGUCACCGGCGCAGCUGGCGGCAUUGGCCUCGAAACCACAAUUCUCAUGCUCCGCGAAGGCGCCUCGGUCCUCAUGGCCGACAUCAGCGACGAAGGUCUCAGCAAAGCCCUAUCCAAAGUGAACAGCAUUGUCCCCGCUUCAGCCCGCACAGGGAAAGUCGAAACAAAAGCCGUCGACGUAUCAAACGAAUCCCAGGUCGAAGCAGCAGUGGCUCACCUCGAUUCCUGGGGUGGUCUGGACAUCAUCUUCAACAAUGCUGGAAUCAUGCAUCCCAAGGACGGGGAUUCAGAGGAGUGCCCCGAGGACAUCUGGGACCGCACUAUGAAUAUUAAUGUCAAGGGUGUGUGGUACGGGUCGAAGCAUGCCGUGCGCGCAUUCCGGAGACAUGGGAAGAAGCGUGCGAGUGUGAUCAACACUGCUAGUAUGGUUGCGUUGGUUGGGGCUGCGACGCCUCAGUUGGCGUACACCGCUAGCAAGGGUGCUGUGUUGGCGAUGACGAGGGAGUUGGGUAUUGUUCAUGCCCGUGAGGGAUUCCGAUUCAACUCGCUUUGUCCCGCACCUCUCAACACGCCUCUCUUGCAGGAUUGGCUCGGUGAUGACAAGGAGAAGCGCUUCCGUCGAGAGGUGCAUUUCCCUACCGGACGCUUUGGCGAGGCGGUUGAGCAGGCCCAUGCGGUCAUCUUCCUUGCUAGCGACGAGAGCAGCUUUGUGAAUGCCACUGACUUUGUCGUCGACGGUGGCCUGACAAAGGCAUAUGUUACGCCUGAGGGUCCGGCCACGGAGGCGCCAAAGAAUUUGGCUGCAUGA